AUGGAGCAAAGCAACAAGAGAGAAGUGAUUAAAAAGACUCCUAAGGAGAAUCUUCAGCCAGUUCUUGAAGCAUUGGAUACCCUUGGAAAUACUAAAUGGAGGGUGAAUAAGAGAGUGCUAAGUGUGGUUGACCGAAUAUGGUCAAAUGGUGGCUGCCUUGCUGGCUUGGUUGACCGACAUGAUAUUCCUUUGCCAGAAAAACCAGAUACAGAAGAUGAAGAGGAAUUGAAAAAGUGGAAAUGGAAAGUUAAAAAGGUGAAAAAGGAGAAUAGAGAGAGACAUUCACAACGGUGUGAUGUUGAGCUCAAAUUAACUGUGGCACGAAAGAUGAAAGAUGAAGCGGGAUUUUUCUACCCACACAAUUUGGAUUUCCGGGGUAGGGCCUACCCAAUGCCACCUCACCUGAACCAUCUCGGUUCAGAUCUUUGCAGGGGCAUUUUGGAAUUUGCAGAGGGGCGGGCCCUUGGGAGUUCAGGGCUGAGGUGGCUAAAGAUCCACCUGGCGAAUUUAUAUGCUGUUGGUGGGGUCGAUAAGCUGUCACGUGAGGGUAGAAUAGACUUUACAGAAAAUCAUUUGGAUGAUAUUUUUGAUUCUGCUGAUAGACCACUUGAUGGUGAUCGAUGGUGGUUGAAUGCUGAAGAUCCUUUUCAGUGUUUGGCUGUUUGUAUUAAUCUUGCUGAAGCCUUGAGAAGCCCUUCUCCUCACACUGUUGUUUCCUAUAUUCCUGUGCAUCAGGAUGGUUCCUGCAACGGUUUACAACACUAUGCUGCUCUUGGAAGAGAUAAACUAGGGGCGACAGCUGUCAAUUUGGUUGAAGGAGAAAGACCUGCUGAUGUGUAUUCAGGAAUUGCUGCAAGAGUUCUUGAGAUUGUGAAAAGAGAUGCAGAAUUGGAUCCGGAUUCAUUUCCAGAUGCAAAACAUGCACGACUUCUCAUCAAUCAGGUGGACAGGAAGCUGGUGAAGCAGACAGUGAUGACGUCAGUUUAUGGUGUGACUUUUAUUGGUGCUCGAGAUCAGAUUAAAAGGAGGCUGCAAGAACGAAGUGAUAUUUCUGCUGAUGAUGCUCAGCUUUUUGCUGCAGCUUGUUAUGCUGCAAAAAUAACUUUAGCUGCACUUGGGGAAAUGUUUGAAGGCGCACGUAAUAUCAUGAACUGGCUUGGAGACUGUGCAAAGUUAAUAGCUUGUGAAAAUGAGCCAGUAAGAUGGACUACACCUCUUGGUCUUCCUGUUGUUCAACCUUAUCGCAUACAUGGAAGACAUCUUGUUUCAACUUCUCUUCAAGUAUUGACUCUGCAGCGUGAAACUGAAAAGGUAAUGGUGAGGCGGCAAAGAACGGCUUUUCCCCCAAAUUUUGUCCACUCACUCGAUGGUUCACAUAUGAUGAUGACCGCAGUCGCCUGUAAACAUGCAGGCUUGAACUUUGCAGGUGUACAUGAUUCAUACUGGACGCAUGCUUGCAACGUGGAUGAAAUGAAUAGAAUUUUAAGGGAGAAGUUUGUUGAGCUUUAUCAGACACCCAUAUUGGAAAACUUGUUGGAGAGCUUUCAAGAGUCGUUUCCUACAUUGUCAUUCCCACCUUUGCCAGAUAGAGGAGACUUUGAUCUUUCUGAUGUUCUAGAAUCUUCAUAUUUUUUCAACUGAAGCCAUGAAGAACAUAUGUGCAUUAUUCUUUGAUUUGAAUCUGUAGAAGAUAUCAUCAUAGGUUGAUUUGUAUAUAUGUGUUACGUUUAUUGAUAUGUAUAUAUGGUCUUAAUUUAUUAGUGGUAAACACAAAGUCAUGAAAGUAUUUACACUGAAAUAUGAACGAAUAUCAUAGUUCUUA